GAACCUGCGAACAAUGAUUGUACAUACAAAUACUAUCGGAGGUCCCAAAACGGAGAUCGGUUCCCGUUGGGGGACCUGCCGGAUCUGUGUACUGAUAUACCCCACUGCCACCACCCCCAACAAAUACAUAUCUUUAUUUUGUAGUUACUGGCUUGUCGAUUCGGCAUGGAACUCAAGCCAUGUUGGGUGACUCGAUCGAGCUGCUAGAUGCCGAUGCAUUACAGGUUGUCGGCUUGCUCUGGCAACCCUCUUUAUCCGGCAUCAGAGAACUCUUCAAUGGUGACAGAGAGAAUAAGCUCGGCCACGAAGCUUACUGCGACUACUUUCGACGUCAAUGGCACAUCCUUGCUCUCUAUGGUGACGAGCAACAUGCUGGGUCGAGUUCGCCCCAGGCCAUUACUCGCUUAAUGGCACAUAUCCAGAACGGACAAACCCGAGAGGAAUUGAUGCAUCCCCUGCAAGAGGCCGGUGUAGAAGAAGAGGCGUGUGAACGAUCUCUCAACCUUGCAGUCCGGCUUCUCGUCAUGAUGCGGUUCGGGAUCGCCAAACACCAAGUCUCACCACGGCGCUUUCUACGAUGGGAGCAAGGGACACUCCAGGCUUUUAUUCAUGUGUUGUUCGAGGAGGUUCCAAAGCUCAGCUGCGAACAAGUUAGACUCCCAAAGUCGUUCGAUGCGUGGUCGAUUGCGAACAUUGCCGGCAUCGAGAUCGCCUUCACCGACAACAUAGCCGACCACCUCCUGCUUGUCGACGACGAUACCAGGUUACUCAUUUUUCACCAUGCCUCGUUUCUCGAGUACCAUCGCAGCAAGACCUCCCUCUUCCCAGGCGACUUAGUCAACGAGACUCUACGCACGCUGGCUCUCCUAUUCCCUCAAGCAGAGUUCAGCAACCAACGACGGACCCGCACUCCGCGGCGGAGAUGGCUCCAGAGCCUGCGAGUGAAGCACCGGGAGACCGAGCACACCGUCAUCGACCCUCGCCUGGCUCUCUGUGGAACACCCCAAGGCGAAGACCGACAAAUUGAGCGCUUCCGCUUCUGGCGGGACCGCCUCGUCAUCCUAAAGCAAGCAUACGACGAUGCGACGCCCCAGACUCUCGGCCAGUGGUGGCACGACAGACGGAAUGGUGUUCAGUGGUAUACCUUUUGGGUGGCAGUGUUGGUUUUGGUUAUCACGACAUUUCUGAGUGUGGUGCAGGCUAUUGAAGGGGCGCUGCAGGUUUACAAGGCGUAUCGCCCUACUGAAUGAUUUCCGGACUGAAUUUGUGAGCUUUACUAUCAGGUACUGGGUCUCACGGAAGUUAUGCUGCGGCUUGAGGUUGUCACAAAACUAACCCGGCUCGCUGGGGCUCCCUCUAGUGAGCUGUCCGGCAAUGUCGGGGCAUUCUCAUGGAACCUUGAGUGGUUUAUACGCACAUAUAAUUACCGUCUUCAGAGCGUUAUUGAGGCACCUCGCGAGUAAAGGCCAGUAACCAACACUGUCUUGC